AUGGCUCCGAACGCCGAUGUUGUGACAGCUGCUUCACGUGAGCCACCGAGAGCGAUCGUUUUCGAGACAUUCGAUGACGGCAAUCAAGCCUCAUCGAGGCGCCGAUCAUCGUAUGACUCACGAAAACGUUCCACUGCCGCUGAACUGGCAACACGCAGCAUAAACGCAACCGCAAAUAGCACAUCAUUCGACGUUUUUCAACAGACAAACACUCGAAAACCUUCAAAGAACGGCUCGUACGAGAAUCGGAUUCAAUGCUCAGUUGAGGAUCUCUAUGGCAGUGGCGAGUUCUUCGAGGAUGAUAUCGCACCUCAACCAAGCGGGAUAUUGAGAAGGUUAUUCGGUUCAUAUUCUGAACAAAUUUGA